AUGACAUCGCUGGCCACCGAAGCAUCCAGAGCCCAGGCUCUGAACACGCCAAGAUCACAUGUAGGAAAGCUCAACGACUCAAAGGCUUCAGCGUUGAACCGGGAUGAAAAACGAAAGAUCUCCCCGGCACUGUCGUUGUUCUCUGGCGGUGUCGCUGGAGGUGUCGAAGCCACCAUUACUUAUCCUUUCGAAUUCGCAAAAACUAGGGCGCAGUUGCAACCAACCCAUUCGAGAAAUCCCAUGGCCGUCAUUUCGCAGGUCAUCCGCCAAGACGGAAUACGAGGCGUUUACACGGGCUGUUCAACUUUGAUUCUAGGAACAACAUUUAAGGCUGGCGUCAGGUUCCUCUCUUUCGACUCCAUCCGAAACCUGUUGAUGGAUGACAGAGGGAGGAUUGACGACGCCAAAUCCGGGUUGCGCAAAUACCGCGGCGGUGCUCAUGCCUUGAGACUGAUUAUGAGCGAGCGUGGCAUUAGCGAAGUAUACAGAGGUUUAGCAUCAACAACCUUGAAACAGUCGGCGACAUCUGCCGUACGCAUGGGCGCCUAUAAUGUCAUCAGAGAGCUCUCAAACCAGUACGACCUGCCGCAAAAUAGUAUCACGACCUUCGCUUCUGGAGCUUUAGCCGGCAUCAUUACAGUAUAUGCCACUCAACCUUUUGACUCUGUCAAAACAAAGGCGCAGUCUGCAAAAGGUGCCAGUACUUCUGAAGCGUUCAAAAGCAUUGUGCAUGAGCGAGGAAUUCGGGGCCUGUGGAGUGGCAGUACGAUGCGACUUGGACGGCUGGUGCUGAGCGGUGGCAUUGUUUUCACGGUGUAUGAGAAGGUAUCAGGACUGUUUAGCGAGAGACCGUAG